UCCUUCCUACGCCUUGCCCCGACAGCGGCAGCGGCGGAUCCCCUGCAGCCCACCAGUAACUAGAGGAGGGGGGAGGUCCAGGAUUCUAAGACUCCACUUCCUGGCUCCUCCGAAGUCUCCUCCCACCCCGAGGCCCUGGCCAGUCCAGCCACGUCACCGCCUGCUCCGGGACAGGGGGAAGAGGCCAAGGUGUCCGGACAGGAGCCCAGGAGCCUGGAAGGCUGCCUGGAGGGGACAGAAGUGGCUGGCCCUGAGGCCAGAGGUAGCCCAAACUUGGCUUUGGGCCCAGAGGAGUGAAGGGCGGGGAGGCUGGAAGGCUGGAUGCUGAAGGAAGCCUGGGUCCCAGCUCUCUCCAGGCAGGGGACUCAUAAGAGAUUGGGGCCCGAGCAAAGAAGGCGGGUUUCAGAGAGCGAAAGAGAGCUGGGAGUGAGGGUCAGCCAAGGCGGGUCUCGGGUGGUGCCUGGCACUGGGGGGUGGGCAACGCCAUCAUGAACCUGUUCCGGAUCCUGGGGGACGUCUCCCACUUACUGGCCAUGAUCCUCUUACUGGUCAAAAUCUGGAGAUCCAAGUCCUGCCGAGGAAUCUCUGGAAAGAGCCAGGUCCUAUUUGCUCUCGUCUUUACAACUCGAUACCUAGACCUGUUCACCAACUUUAUUUCUGUCUACAACACGGUGAUGAAGGUGAUUUUCCUGCUGUGUUCCUAUGUCACCGUCUACAUGAUUUACCGGAAAUUUUGGAAAUCGUUUGACAGUGAGAAUGACACGUUCCGCCUAGAGUUUCUCUUGGUCCCAGUCACCGGUCUCUCCUUCCUUGAGAACUACAGCUUCACCCCAUUGGAGAUCCUCUGGACUUUCUCUAUCUACCUGGAGUCGGUGGCAAUCCUGCCCCAGCUUUUCAUGAUCAGCAGGACCGGGGAGGCAGAGACCAUCACCACGCACUACCUCUUCUUUCUGGGGCUUUACCGAGCACUUUAUCUGGCUAACUGGAUCUGGCGGUACCACACAGAAAAUUUCUACGACCAAAUAGCUGUGGUGUCUGGAGUGGUACAAACCAUCUUCUACUGUGACUUCUUCUACCUGUAUGUGACCAAAGUCCUUAAAGGAAAGAAGUUAAGCCUCCCAAUGCCAGUUUGAAGACAAUUGAGAAGCUACGCAAAAGCCCCAGGCAGCCGUGGAUCUAUUUCAAAGUUCCCUCCUGACUUCCUGACCACGAGCACUGCUGUGCUGCUUUUGAACAAAUGGACUUUCAGGAGAAGAUGGAGAGAACACUUCCUUUGCCAUCCCUUCCACUCCCAUCUAGUACUUCACAAAUGGUGGGCCAAUCCCUAGGGCUGAAGUAUGCCAUCUUUUAAUAGGCAUCCCUCAUUUUAUUGUUUUCCAAGAUCAUUCUUCCCAAACUGGGAAAGAACACCCAAAACAAGUAGGUCCUAACUUCCUUGGGGAGACUGCACCAAAAAAUCGAAGUUAAACUAGUCUGUCUUGCUAUAUUAAAAUACACAUACUUCAGUCCUUGUCAAAUUAAGAGUAAAUGGUGAAAUUGGCCACCUAGAACUGCUUAGUAUUGUUAUUUCCUUUAAAUAUAAGCUUUACAUACAUCCUGAGGGGAAAAUGUGCUAUACCUCCCUGGGUCUUUGAACAUUAGUCCUACACACUCUUCUUCCACAGUUCUAGGACACUGACCAAGAUUACAGAUGAAGAUGCAAACCAUUGUAGCUCAACCAUUCACUGGACUUCUGAUAUAAGGAGAAUUUUUGGUAAUAAAAAAGCAGCACUUUUAU